CCCCUUGUGUCACCUUUGAUUCCCCUCUCUCUUUCUCAAGUUGCGUAGCACUUUUCUUCUUUUGUAGCUGCUAUAGCUGCUCCUUAUCUGCCUUGGAGAGAAUUAGCUAGGCGGCCCAUCUCAUAGAUCGACACACACACACACACACCUCUAUAGCUCUUGUAAGCUGUAAGCGAUCACCUCUCACAGAUGGUGGGGAUGAGAGGCGCCUAUGGUGGUGGUUACAAUAAUGGCAAUGAGAGCCGGCCUCUUGGAGGUGUAGCGGCGGCGCCGACGACGGCGUCUAAGGAGAUCGCUGCGAUGGCGGUGCACAAGGUGGCGCCGCCGCCGCCGCAGAGCACGGCGAGCAAGCUGAAGGCGAGGGUGAAGGAGACGCUCUUCCCGGACGACCCGUUCCGGGGCUUCAUGGGGCAGCCGCCGAGGGUGCAGUGGCUCAUGGCAGUCAAGUACCUCUUCCCCAUCUUCGACUGGGUGCCCGGCUACUCCUUCUCGCUCUUCAAGUCCGACCUCGUCGCCGGCAUCACCAUUGCCAGCCUCGCCAUACCUCAGGGUAUUAGCUACGCGAAGCUGGCAAGCUUGCCUCCCAUAAUUGGCCUAUAUUCGAGCUUUGUGCCGCCGAUGGUGUACACCGUCCUGGGGAGCUCGAGGGACCUGGCGGUGGGCCCGGUGUCCAUCGCAUCGCUGAUCAUGGGGUCCAUGCUGCGGCAGGCCGUCAGCCCUGCCGACGAGCCGCUGCUGUUCCUGCAGCUCGCCUUCACCUCCACCUUCUUCGCCGGCCUCGUCCAGGCCUCCCUCGGCAUCCUGAGGUUGGGUUUCAUCAUCGAUUUCCUGUCGAAGGCGACGCUGGUUGGGUUCAUGGCCGGCGCGGCGAUCAUCGUGUCGCUGCAGCAGCUGAAGGCGCUGCUGGGCAUCGUCCACUUCACCACCGAGAUGGGUAUCGUCCCCGUCAUGGCCUCCGUGAUCCACCACACCAAGGAGUGGUCGUGGCAGACGAUCCUGAUGGGCGUGUGCUUCCUGGUGCUUCUGCUGUCGGCGAGACAUGUGAGCAUGAGAUGGCCAAAGCUUUUCUGGGUUUCAGCGUGUGCGCCCUUGGCAUCUGUCAUCAUCUCCACCCUGAUUGUUUUCCUCUUCAAAGCUCAGAAUCAUGGCAUUAGCAUUAUUGGGCAGCUCAAGUGUGGCCUGAAUAGCCCCUCAUGGGACAAACUACUCUUUGACACCACAUAUUUAGGCCUCACCAUGAAGACUGGCCUUGUCACCGGAAUCAUCUCCCUUACAGAAGGAAUAGCAGUUGGUAGAACAUUUGCCUCGCUGAAGGACUACCAAGUAGAUGGAAACAAAGAAAUGAUGGCCAUAGGGUUGAUGAACGUUGUGGGUUCAUGCACAUCAUGCUAUGUAACAACAGGAGCAUUCUCUCGGUCUGCUGUGAACCACAAUGCCGGCUGCAAGACUGCCAUGUCCAAUGUGAUCAUGGCACUAACUGUGAUGGUCACGCUGCUGUUCCUCAUGCCAUUGUUCGUGUACACACCGAAUGUUGUCCUUGGAGCAAUCAUAAUUUCCGCGGUUAUCGGUUUAAUCGAUUUGCCUGCUGUAUACCACAUCUGGAAGAUGGACAAGAUGGAUUUUCUUGUGUGCGUUUGUGCAUUUGCCGGCGUCAUCUUCAUCUCAGUCGAAGAAGGCCUUGCAAUAGCGGUUGGUAUAUCUGUAUUUAGGGUACUGUUGCAAAUCACAAGGCCAAAGAUGAUGAUUCAAGGAAACAUUAUGGGAACUGACAUUUACCGAAACCUCCAUCAGUACAAGGAGGCUCAAAGAGUUCCUGGGUUCUUAAUCCUUGCAAUUGAAGCACCAAUAAACUUUGCCAACAGCAACUAUCUUAAUGAAAGGAUUAAAAGAUGGAUAGAGGAAGAAAAUUCUGCACAGAAUAAACACAGUGAACUUCGUUUCAUAAUCUUGGAUCUGUCAGCUGUUCCUGCAAUCGACACAAGUGGCAUAGCGUUCCUCAUUGACAUAAAGAAACCAAUGGAGAAACUUGGACUGGAGCUUGUACUUGUGAAUCCAACCGGAGAGGUCAUGGAGAAAAUACAGCGAGCGAACGAGGCUCACAACCAUUUCAGGUCGGAUUGCCUGUAUUUGACCACUGGGGAAGCAGUCGCUUCACUUUCUGCGCUUGCCAAGAUGACAAUGCCCUAGAGUGGAUUGCCAAAUUGUCAUUGUGUUCAUCCAAUUGCACUGCCAAAAUUUUCAGUGCAAGAUUUUCCAUCACAGAAAGUGCCUACAACAAAAGAUUAUGUCAUAACUAUGUAGCUUAUCUUCACAAUUCUUCAGAUCCAUGUGGUGCAAAUUUAGCAUUUGAAUGUGAAGUAUAUGGGAACAUGUACAUUCAUGGGUGACCGUAGUUAUUUGUCUAUCUGAGAAAAUAUAACAGCACAAUAGUAGUUCUUA